CAGUAGGAAUAUAAGGAGAGAGUGACUCUGAUGGAUGCAAGGCCUGCUAUUUUCUGUGAUGUGGGAGUGGAGGGAGGAGAUGGAUGUGGAGAGUGGGAAGUAUGAUGAAAUUAAAGCCUAGGAGAGAAGCUGAUCAUGGACUGAACUGUCCCCAUUACGACAGAUAUGAACUUUGAGGACGUGGCCAUUGCCUUCUCUGAGGAGGAGUGGGGGCUCCUUGAUGAGGCUCAGAGACUUCUUUACUGCGAUGUGAUGCUGGAAGUGUUUGCACUUGUCUCAUCUGUAGGUUGUUGGCAUAAAACAUAUGAUGAGGAGGUCUUUCCUGAGCGGAGCAUAUCUGUUCAAGGAGAAUCACAGGUCAGGGCUUCUGAGACAGCUCCAGCAACUCAGAGGACCCUUCUGUGUAACCAGUGUGUCUCGGUGUUAAAAAAUAUUAUGCAUCUGACUGAGUCACAACGAGCAGACUAUGAGCAGAAAGAAUUCUUCAGUGAUGCAUGUUUGAGAGACUUCUGUUUCAAUGCAAACCCUCACCAACAGAGGGAUUCCACUAGAGAGAAACUCUGGAAAGAAGAUAUGGACAGGGUCUCGUUUGUGACCAGGUGCAGCUUCUACUUAACUUGGGUGCCUUCAAGCAGUAGGGAGGUUGGGAAAGUAUUCCCAGCCAUCUCAGAGCUUCUCCAGCACCAGGCCCCUCUCAACACUGAGGACCUAGACAGCGGCAGUGAGAUUUCACAGGAAUAUCUUGGUGGAAAGAGUCUUCAGCAGACUUGUAACUGUGAAAACUUUGGCAGCCAAAACCAGAAAGUUGUUCAGCAUCAGGGUGCCUUCUCUGGGGAAGUGAAAUAUGAGUGUGACAAAU